AAAUGUGAUAAACAUGCUGAUGAUACUUCAGCAUAGCGUUUGCAUUCAUUUCAUGCUGCAUAAACAAUCAACGUGUACAACUUUUCAAGAGAGACCGAGUUUGCUGUUAACGAAACAAAAUGCCUCAAGGUUUAACAGCAAUUCUGGAGGAGUGGAAACGUCAAGAUGAAGAAUAUCAACAACUUCAGGAGAACCAGAAAAUGUAUUUACAGAAACUAGAUGAAGUCUCCAAACUACAGAGCAACUGCUCUUCAUCUAUUACCCGUCACCGGAAAAGACUGAAAGAUAUGACCUACCUUGUGAGAAAAAGCAGCAAGGGAUUGUCAGAAGAAGAUUCAAAGACUGUGGAUGAAAUAAAAGAGAAAAUGAAGACACAACAAAAUGCUUUCUCUGAGAUGGAAUCUUUUCUUCCCAAGAAAAAUGGGUUAUACCUCAGUCUGGUUCUUGGAAAUGUGAAUGUGACUCUUCUCAGCAAACAGUUAAAGUUUGCUUACAAAGACGAUUAUGAGAAGUUCAAGCUGUAUCUCACAGUCAUCCUCCUGCUGUUCUCCUUUAUUUGCUAUUUCUUUGUGAGCUACAGAUUCCUUGAUGCAAUCCUCAAUUUCCUGCUGGUGUGGUACUAUUGCACAUUAACCAUCAGGGAAAGCAUCCUCAUCACAAAUGGCUCCAGAAUCAAAGGAUGGUGGGUUUUUCACCAUUAUGUCUCAGCUUUUUUGUCGGGAGUAAUGUUGACUUGGCCUGAUGGAAACCUGUACAAGUCAUUUAGGAACCAAUUCCUUGCUUACUUAUUCUACCAAAACUUCGUUCAGUGUCUGCAGUACUAUUAUCAGAGCGGAUGUCUGUACAGACUACGAACUUUGGGAGAAAGACACAACAUGGAUCUGACUGUGGAGGGUUUCCAGUCCUGGAUGUGGAAAGGGCUGACAUUUCUUCUGCCCUUCCUGUUUUUUGGUCAUUUCUGGCAGCUCUUCAAUGGUCUGUCUCUGUUUAAAAUGGCUCGGCUCCCAGACUGCAAAGAAUGGCAGGUCCUGGUGUGUGGGCUCUGCUUCCUCGUUUUGUUCAUUGGAAAUUUCUUCACCACCGUUGCAGUCGUCCGUCAGAAGCUCAAGAGCAGAAAGGAGAAAUCAAAAAACCUGUGACGAAUGAAAAAAAAAAGCCAUGUCAUUAUAAAAAAAGUUGUCUCACAUGAUCUGAGUAGGCAGAUCAAGUUAGAGCUACAUUUUCUCACAUUUUUUGUUAUGUCCUUGAAAAAUGAAGUUAAAAUGUCAAAUAUGUAUUGUAACGCUUGCCUCUUUCCAUGAAACACACAAUAUAAAAAAAUAAAUAUAAUAAAGUGUUAUGAUCAAUCAAUCACCAUAAAGGUUUCAUCUUUAAUUUGCAUAACUUCCAUGUUCUGAUGUGUGUAGGCUAAAGUAAACCCAAACAAUAAAACAAUUAAUAAAAUAUUC